AUGGAGGCAAAGCUAAAAGAAUACCGCGCUCUGCGACGACGAAAAGAAAUAAUAGAUAGCACAAAAGAGAAGUUUGAAAAAUCAAAAGAAAAAAUAAUAAACUUUUUUAUUCCUAAGUCAUUCAAAAAUAUGGAGAAUAAUAAAAAAGAAGAAGAAGUUUUACUGUUAGAGGAAGAUAUACAAGAACCUAUUAGGAGAAACCUAAUCAUGGAGGAGUCUAUAGAUGCAGUAUCUGAAACUAGCGAAAUUGAAUCUUUUGCAGUUGAAAAUCAGGAAUCAUGGAGAUACUUUACAAUAAAAUGGUCUAUCUAUGCAAUUAUCUGGAUCACUUUAUAUAUUUACUUUUUGUCAUUACAGUUUGGAGCUGUGUUUUUUGUACUAUCAGCCUUGGUAGGUAUUUUUCUUAAUACAAGAACAAGACCUAAGAAGAAAGGAGAAGUAUCAGCUUACAGCGUUUUCAAUGAAAAUUGUGUUAGUAUAGAUGGGACAUUGAAAGCAGAGCAAUUUGAAAAAGAAAUCCUCUAUGGUGCAGGAGCUGCCAGAAUAUUU